AUGGUACAAGAGGCCAAAGCUCAAGCUGUCACAAGCAAGGCCAAAGGAGGAAGAAAGGGAAAGGCAAUGCAACUGCAAGCCAUUGACAAUGAGGCCACCAAUGAAUCAGACACCAAGCUUAGCUUUAAUGCUCUCACCACCACCCUAUCCAUCCAGCAGUUGGCAAUCGAGAACAACCCCACUCCGAGAGUUGACCCCCAUCAAGCAAGUGCCAGAGUCACCAGCAGUGACGACCAGGAUGAGACACCCAGAAAGGAGGAGAAAGACAAAAAGGAUGCUGACAGCACCAGUGCCAAAGUCGCCACUAGACCUCGAAGGCUCUGA